AAAGAAGAAAAAGAGUAUAACUAGCAAAAGCUGCGCGCCACUCAAAUGUGGAAGAAUUUCUGAUUGUGGAUUUGAAACAAACCAGCCAUGGCCCUGAAGCUUCUGUGGCCUCCUCCACCUUCUCCUUCUUCUUCAGCUCUGUCGCGCCCAAAUUCCUUCUUCUUCUCUUCCACUUUCGUUUCUAGUCCCACACCCGUCUCCAGGACGCUUGAUCACCUCUUCCAGCGGCGAUCGAAGAAGCAAGGUUUGAGGCGAAGACCGGUGAGCGCUUGCCUGAAGGUGGAGCAACAGCAAGGAGCCGCAACGGCAACGAACCAGUGGGGUAAAGUUUCUGCUGUGCUUUUCGACAUGGAUGGAGUGCUCUGCAACAGCGAAGAGCCCUCUAGAAUGGCGGCCGUGGAUGUCUUUGCUGAAAUGGGUGUUCAGGUCACGGUGGACGAUUUUGUGCCGUUCACUGGCACUGGUGAAAUAAACUUUCUAGGCGGGGUAGCGAAUGCUAAGGGAGUUGAUGGGUUUGAUCCGGAGGCAGCCAAGAAGAGGUUCUUCGAGAUCUAUCUGGAUAAGUAUGCAAAACCCGAGUCUGGGAUUGGAUUCCCAGGUGCUCUUGAACUGGUUACUCAGUGCAAAAGCAAAGGCCUCAAAGUAGCUGUUGCUUCUAGUGCUGACCGUAUAAAGGUCAAUGCGAACUUGGCUGCUGCUGGUUUACCUAUUUCAAUGUUUGAUGCUAUUGUGUCGGCAGAUGCUUUUGAGAAUUUGAAACCAGCUCCUGACAUUUUCUUGGCCGCGUCAAGAAUAUUGGAUGUUCCACCUAGUGAGUGUCUUGUGAUUGAAGACGCAUUAGCAGGUGUACAGGCUGCUCAGGCAGCAAACAUGAGAUGCAUAGCUGUGACAACUACCAUGUCCGAAGAGGCUAUGAAAAAUGCUGGUCCCUCUCUCAUCAGAAGCCAGAUAGGAAGUGUUUCACUUGAAGAUAUUCUGAGUGGUGGAUCUGAUUCCUAUAAUGAGAAGAUGCAGCAACCUCAGGUUCUGCAAUUUUCUGUACAGAAGUCCGAAGCUGUUGUUACAGACAGAAUGCAAAACAGCCCAAUCCUUAACGAAGAAAUUGCUAUCAGUGACAAGGUUUCCUCUACUGGCGGGUUGCAGGGUUCUCGGCGUGAAAUCAUAAGAUAUGGAAGUCUGGGAAUCGCUUUGUCUUGUCUCUAUUUCGCUGUCUCAAACUGGAAGGCAAUGCAAUAUGCAUCCCCUAAAGCGAUAUGGAACGUGUUGUUUGGAGUCAACAGUCCUUCUUUUGAAAAGGGUGAAAGUGCAGGUACACCUCGGUUCUCUAGAGUCCAACAAUUUGUCAAGUAUAUAUCUGAUCUAGAAGCCAGGGGAUCUACUACCACAGUCCCUGAAUUCCCAUCAAAACUUGAUUGGCUUAACACAGCUCCACUUCAAUUUCGCAGAGAUUUGAAGGGAAAGGUCGUGCUGCUGGACUUCUGGACCUACUGCUGUAUAAAUUGUAUGCAUGUGUUGCCAGAUCUAGAGUUUCUGGAGAGGAAGUACAAAGAUAUGCCGUUUACUGUUGUUGGGGUACAUUCUGCUAAGUUUGAUAAUGAGAAGGAUUUAGAAGCCAUAAGGAAUGCAGUUCUACGCUACAAUAUAUCCCAUCCAGUUGUCAAUGAUGGAGAGAUGUAUUUGUGGCGGGAGCUAGGUAUCAAUUCAUGGCCUACAUUUGCUAUUGUUGGUCCUAAUGGAAAACUUCUUGCACAAGUAGCUGGAGAAGGCCAUAGACAGGACCUUGAUGAUUUGGUUGAGGCAGCUCUUCUCUAUUAUGGCAAGAAAAAGAUCCUGGAUAAAACCCCAAUUCCACUGAACUUGGAGAAAAAUAGGGACCAACGUUUUUACAAUUCGCCUUUGAAGUUUCCUGGAAAGCUGGCGAUUGAUGUGCUUAACAAUCGACUAUUCAUCUCAGACAGCAACCACAACCGUAUAGUGAUAACGGACCUGGAUGGAAACUUUAUUUUACAAGUUGGUAGCACAGGAGAGGAAGGACUUCGUGAUGGUUCCUUUGAGACUGCAGCCUUUAAUCGCCCUCAGGGUCUGGCUUACAAUCCGAAGAAAAAUCUCCUUUAUGUUGCGGAUACAGAAAAUCAUGCAUUGCGGGAGAUCAAUUUGGUUGAUGAUACUGUUCUCAACUCUCCAUGGGACGUAUGCUUUGAGCCGGUGAAUGAGAAGGUUUACAUUGCUAUGGCUGGGCAACACCAGAUAUGGGAGCACGACACUAUGGAUGGAGUUACUAAAGUGUUCAGUGGUGAUGGUUAUGAGAGGAAUUUGAAUGGCUCAGACUCUAAGAGUACAUCAUUUGCUCAACCCUCUGGGAUUUCAUUUUCUCCAGAUUUGAAGGAGCUUUACAUUGCUGAUAGUGAAAGCAGCUCCGUCCGGGCCCUUGAUCUGAAGACAGGAGGAUCAAGGCUACUAGUUGGUGGAGAUCCGAUUUUCCCUGAAAAUUUGUUUAAGUUUGGAGAUCAUGAUGGAGUAGGAUCUGAAGUACUUCUUCAGCAUCCCCUGGGUGUAUAUUGUGCCAAAGAUGGUCAAAUCUAUAUAGCAGAUAGCUAUAAUCACAAGAUCAAGAAGCUAGAUCCAUCAACUAGACGAGUUACAACAAUUGCUGGAACAGGGAAAGCUGGUUUCACGGAUGGAAAAGCAAUAACUGCUCAGGUUAGAAACUGCUUUACAAAAUGUUUCUUUACUGUAGGUAAACUGAUCAUAGCUGAUACAAACAACAGUGUUAUCCGGUGUUUGGACUUGAAUAAAGAAGAACCCGAACUUCGUACCCUGGAGCUGAAGGGCAUUCUACCUCCCGCUUCGAGAUCUAGAUCGUUGAAACGUCUAAGGAGAAGAGCGUCAGCCGAUACACAAAUAGUUAAAGUCGAUGGAGUUUCGACCAAUGAGGGAAAGCUGCUGCUUAGAAUAUCAUUGCCCGAGGAGUACCACUUCUCGAAGGAAGCUAGAAGUAAAUUCACGGUCGAUGCUGAACCUGAAGAGGUGCUGUCCAUCGAUCCCUCGGAUGGAUACCUUAGCCCGGAAGGAACUGCUGUCCUCCACUACAAGAGAGCUUCCUCCUCAGUUGCAACCGGGAAAAUAGGGUGCAAGGUUUACUAUUGCAAGGAAGACGAGGUUUGUUUGUACCAGUCGCUCAUGUUUGAGAUACCAUUCCAAGAAGAAAGUCGAGAGUCUACCGCGUCAGAAGUCACACUCGCUUACCUCGUGAGGCCCAAGGGAACAACUGGCUUGCAGCUACCGGUUGCAGGCUAACAGCAAGGGCAGUUGGCAUGUAUAUAUAUACUGUAAGAUCCCUAUUACAGCUUCCUCUCUUUCUCUGUUUCUUAUCACAUCCUAAUAGAGAGCCCCAUCAAUCAGAAUGAACAUUUGAUUGCUUGAACAUAUGAUGAGACAAGCACCAUAAAAGAUGUCAGAGUUAAACCAAAUAACCUCUUGUCAUUAGAACCCAAUUCGUUUUAUGUUAUCGUGUGAAGAAAAGUAAAACCCAUAAUUUUCUUGAUGUUUGGUGUAUAACUGUAUCUAAUGUUGUGUACUUGUGAGAAAUGUCUUAGCUGAGGGAGACAGGGAGAAAGGUCAAACGAUGCCUGACAUACUGUUAUACGUUAUCCAGUUUCUAGAACUAAUAUUAGGUUUAGGGUUUCAGGAUUGAAAACUUUGUUUAAUGGGACUAAUGAUUAUGUGGCUUUGAUUGAAUGCUUAACGG